CAAUGCAGUCAAGUCGAAGAUAGUCUCUUGGACUAGCUACUAACAUCAGCUUACAGAGAGUUCCUCGUGACCAAGAAACGCACACACCUCUUCUCGAAUCUCAACCUGCAUCGACAUAACCGUGGAUCUCGCUGGUUACUCUGUUAGUAGGAGCGAAAUAGUACUAGUCGCGAGUCUCCAGCUGUCAGCUGCAGCCCUAGUAACUACCACACGACUCACAGGACCUCACAGUACCUGAUUGAGUCACUCUUAUUCCUCAACUCACACGUUCCACCGUCUAGUCCGACGAUCUAAAUUCGAGCCGUUGCGAUGAAACGUCUCAGACGACCCUCGUUAUUUCUUCCAACACUGUGACUCUAGGUCUUGUUGCCGGCUCCGGUUUGUCUUCAGCUCAGCCUAGCACGAGCGAGGCUUCCUAACAGUCCGUAGAUUCGUCGGGUAUCGUGCUCGUGGAAUCGGCAGCGCAGGGAAAAGGUGUGCGACUUUUGGGCGAUCGUUGUCUCCGAUUGUGCGCGGGUGCGGGGAUGGCGUUGACGGUGGACGACGCGAUCGCGACGCUGUUCACGCUGACGCAGCAUGACGAGCAGCCGGGCGUGCAGGGCCUCACGUCCACCAUGGUGUACGACGCGUCGUACAGGAAGUCGUACACAGAGUACGUGGAGGUGACGGCGUUUCAGCUGUCUCUGGAGGACGACACGGCCGCCAUCAACCAACUGGACGCCCUCCUGGCGGACGGCAAGGAAAUGCUAGCAUCGCUCUACACCUACCGCAGCGCUGCCAAGGCCUUCCCGAAGCCCGUGCAAGCGUUAGACGAGAAUGCAGAGCCGGGGCUGCUGCAGGAGGCGUUUGCCAUCGUAGAUGUGGAGAUCCAACGGCUGAGAGAUGUCCACCAAUGGCAGCUGCGAGCGCGGUCGUUGAUUGCUGCUGACCUGCAGCGCUUCUCGGGGGAAAUGACCGGGCCUACCCUCACACACCUCUGGAGUCUGUUGAGAGUGCUGGACACGUGUCUGCUCCUGGACCUGCUGAAGCACACCAAGUCAGCGCCGCUCACCGACCUGCUCUGGUUCAGACGUGCGGUGCAGAGCGGUGGAGCGAAUGCAGAGAGGGGUGCUGAUACGGAUAGUGACCUGGAGGAGUUCUGGAGCAAGCGCUGGGCCGUUCUCUCGAGCCUGCAGGCAGGCAUCCCGGCCAACGAAACUGUUGAGGAGUUCUUUGUGCAGCUGAUGGUGGUGGCCACGGGCACCAUCGAGAGCGGGCGCACGCUGCUGUUUGCGGACCGCCUCAUGCUGCUGCGCGUGCUGCCCGUACUCAUCUCGCUGGCCGCACGCACCGAGGUGGAGGCAGAGACUCUCUUCAGGCGGAGAGUUAAGCUGGACAGACUGCUUCGACUCUUCAAGCGCGAGCCCCUAGUGGCGGGGUACAUGGAGGUGCCGUUCGCCCUGGCGUCUUUGCUGCCUGACCUCUCGCCUUUCUUCCGCAAGCUGUGUGUGGAGAAGGGCGUGCUGCUGCCCGUGCCCAGCAACAUGGACGCCAAGGAAGUGUCUCGAGUGUACGACCUGCUGCCUCAAAUGCCGGCCAUCGCCAAGGCACAUGAGGAGCUCUGCCUCCGCUUCACUGCUGCCAUGAACAAGCUGACGGUGAUGAAGCAUGCACGUGUGAAGUCGCGGUCGCCCCAGGCGAAGGAGGUGCGGGUGGAGGUGUACCGCGUGCUGCUGGAGGGGCUGCUGCUGCUCUCACGCUGGUCCGGCCGCCUCCUGCAGCACUUCGCCUGGAAGACCCACCUCGCUGCCGCCCCUGCUGCCCACUCCGCUGCUGUUGCUUCUGCUGCGGCUGCUGGGGCCGGCAGUGGCCGUGAUGAUGGUUCUGCUGGUGGUGGUGGUCCCGGUGGCAAUGGUACAGCAGGGGCAGCAGCAAGUGAAGGACAAACCUCAUCAGCUGAUGGGGGCCCGAGGAAGCUUCACCAUCUCUUUGCCGAAGCUGCUGGGUGCCCCCCCUCCCCUGCCCCCAUCUCCUCCUCCUCGCCCUCUCCCCUCUCCCCCUCUUCCCAAGGAAAGAAGAGCCUGACUGCAUACGAGCAGAUGGUACUGCAUGGUUUCUCACAAGCAGAGCUACGAGCCGUGCUACAGCUGGUGGGGUUUAUCAAGGGCGUGGCGGCGAUGAUGACGGCGGUGGAGGGCGACAUCGCGUGGGUGCUGCGCGAGGCCAUCCAUGCGGACGUGCAGGAGUUUGCACGCGUGUACGUCACCUCGCUGCUCAAGCGAGUCUCGUCUUCCAACAUGGACACUCCCUAUGCCAGGACGUUGCUCAAGAUCAGAGCAGUGGCGGCUGACUGGGCGGGGAUACCAGAGGAGGAGGCGCUUGAUGUGAUUGUCAAGAGCAGGAAAGGGCAGGCUGUUAACGAAGAUGACCUCAAGAGGCUCGCUCUGCCUCGACCCACCCCGCCCUCACUCGCUCAGAUCCACUGUCUGCAGCACCUGGUGCAGGCGCUGGUGAUCGGGGCGAGCGCGGGGGUGAAAGGGGGGUUCUUCGGGCCGGAGAAGAGCAAGCACGGGGGCAAGGAGGGAGGGGGGAAGGAGCGGAGCAAGGGGCGGGACAGGGAGGUGUCGGCGAGUGAGAUCAAGGAACUCGAUAACUUCCUGCAACGCCUGCUCUUCUUCCCGCACCUGCUCGACUACCCUAAUGCCCUGCUACAGGUGACCGACCUGUCUUUCCUGUGGCUACGAGAGUCAUUCUUAGAUGCAGCGGGGGUGGUGCAAGUCCCCCUCGCUGCCAGCCUGCCCUGGGUGCUCACUCUCUCUGCCCUCCAAGACACCACCGCCGACAAUUGUGGUAGCAACAACAGCAGCACCACCAAACUUGGCACAGGGGCAGCAGCAGCAGCAACAGCAGCUGAAGAUGGUGGCAGUGGAGGGGAAGCUAGUGGUGGUGGCCUUACUGCUGCUGCUGCUGCUUCGUGUGCCCCUUGCCUAGCGGAUGCGGUGCUGCUGCCAUUCACCAUCUACGACGAUGCUGCUGACGCCGCUCUGCGCUCGCUCAAGAGGCAGUUCCUCUUCGACGAGGUGGAGGCAGAGGUGGGCGUGGCGUUUGACCAGCUGCUGUCGAAGCUGGCUCUCUCCAUCUUCACCUACUUCAAACAAUGUGCCGCCAGCAAGCUGCUGGACAAGUCGUUUGUGGCCACGGCAGCAGCUUUGGGCGUGGGAGGAAGGUACACUGUGACUCCCCGCAACUACAGUGGGCUCUUCCGCCAGACGCACUUGCAGCUUUUGGGCCGCACAGUGGAUAUGCGGGAUCUGCUGACUCGGCGGCUGAACAAGCUGACUCGGCACAACCUGGAUUUCAUCCUCACCCACAUGGAGGGGGCGGAUCUCUGCCUCGUCAUGGAGACACACCACCUGAUAGAGGUCCUACGUGGCACUCACCGAUUGGUGGCAGAGCAGUGCCCUGCAAUCGACUCCUUUGAGGCCAUCUUUACCGAAGCCACACACGCCACGUCCCUCUCCUCGCUUUCCUCGCGCACUGCAUCUUAUGUGUGCCGCGAGGUGGAGAAGGACCUGCUGCCCAACUUCCUCUGGAACGCGGUCACUCGGCGCUUUGUGCGUAGCCCCUCCCUGCCGCAGCAGCAGCAGCAGCCCAUGCGGAGGCCCGCACUUCCAGAUGCUGCCCCUGACGCCUACAUGUUUGGAAGCAAGGACCUCAACGCGGCCUACUCGUGCAUAUCCCUCCUGCACUCGCAGCACAUGGGCCAGGCGCACGUGGAUGCCAUAGUGGCGCUGCUGGGCCCGCACUCGCUGCCCAUGCUGCUGCAGUUCUGCCUUGACUCACUCACCCACAAGGUCUCCCACCAGUUGCCACCCUUGGCAGCACAGCUGCUGCCCCUCCUGCCCACUCAAGACCUCCAGGGGCCCUUCGAACUUGGCCUACCGGCAUGCGUGGAGCGCAUAUCAGCCGCAGCAGCAGCUGUACAGCGCAGAGCGCCAGCAGCAGUGGAGGGAGUGAUGGCUGUGCUGCGGCAUGUGGGGUCGCUGCUGGGGCUGCUGGCGCUCUUGGACGUGUCCAUUGCCCAUGCGUCCACCAUGCAGUUCAUCCAGGCAGCGCCAUGGCUGGGCCUGGUGCCGUCCCCCAGGGACAGCCACCUGCUGCAACUGCUGCGAGUCAACCCCUCUGACCUCCCUCCCCACGAGGCAUUCACCCCCCGUGGGCUCAGGCAGCGCUCCCCCAAGCACCGCCCGCCCAAUGGCUCAUCCCAACACCGCUCUUCCAAAGGCUCCUCGGAGCGCGAAUCUGUGCACCGGGAUAGGAGUAGCGAUAGCCGCAGAGCUGCUGGGGGUGCUGGUGAGGCGCUGAGGGGAAGUAGUGGGGGAGGAAGCGAAAGAGGGAUUGGGGAUGGUGAGAACGGGAGGGAGAGUUUUCCAGCUGCCCGAGUUGGGGAGGCUGAAGCUGAGGACGGGCAGAUGGACGGUCCGCCAGAAAUUUAUCUUCCCCCCGCUGCUGCAUCGGUUGAUGGUUCGUCGCUGGAGACUCAUGACAGGUUCCAUGGGGGCAGUGGGUGUCAUGAUGUGCAUGGGGGCCAUGGGCACGGAGGCCCCAAGGCAGCUCAUGACAUGGAGGAACCUCAUGAGGCAGCAGCUGGAAGCAGGGAUGCCGCCUCCGCAUCAGCGGCAGCCUAUCGGCCUGACUCCCCAGUGCAGCGCCCUCCACCGCUACCCCCUGCUCCUCCCGCCCCCCCAGCCCCACCGGCAGCGCCUCUCACGGACCUGCUGCAGAGAGUGGCUGCCUCAGUGCCUGUGGUGCGCUCGUCAAUGCUGGGCAUGCUGCAGGCGGCGCAGGUGGCAGAGGCUAUCUACUGGGGCAGCGUGCAGGUGGACAGUCUCUUCGCCCAUGCCCUCUCCACCCUCUCCUCCACCCUGCGCCCCCUCCUGCCCCUACUGGCGCCUCCGGUUGAGCCCUGGGCGUGCAAGGGGAGGAAUGCGAGAGAGUUCCACCACCUCUACUCGCUGCUGCUCGCUAUUAUGUGCCAGAGACCAGCUUCCCCCACCAUAGCAGCACACGCAGCAGCAGUGACACCUCAAGCAAGAGGGGGGACAGCAGCAGACAGCCAAGUCAGGACUCCAGCCACCAACACCUCCUCCCUUUCCCCAUCACCCUCGGAAUAUAACACUCCCACUCACUCCCUCUCCUCCUCCUCCCCCUUUACUCCCCCUGUUGCCCCCCUUACCACCCCCACCCCACCAUCCUCCUCCACUCCCAGCUCUCUCCCCCUCACUGUCCCCCACUCGGGUCCCCUCCCCUUUUCCUCCCCCACAUCCCUUCCCGAACCUAGCUCAAAAUCAGGCCCUCUAACUCGUCCCUCCAGGCCUGAAGGCUUGGCAGCUGGCCUUCCUGAACCUGCUGGCUUGGCUGCCGCCCUGCCCAAGGCCGGAGGAGGUUCGGCGGAAAGGGGGGGGGAUGAUGAGAGUGAUGCGGUAGUGUGGGGGGGGAGUGUGGUGGUGCAUCUUCUGGGGCAAGAGAGGAGAUUUGAGCUGGAGGAUUGGUGCAAGCAUGCUGUUGUUGUGAGCGAGUAUGAAAGCAUGUGUGGGGGUGGGGCAGGAGGGGGAGUUGGCUCUGCUGCUGGUGCUGGUGGGGAAAUUGGAGUGCUCGGGGGAGUGGGGAGUGCAGAGAGGGAGCGAGGCAGGAAAGCAGCAGCAAAGGAGGCAGCAGCAAGGGAGGCAGCAGUAAGGGAGGCAGAAGCACAACUGCAACAACUCAAUGCUAAGGCAACAGCUUUUGUGGAGAAUUCGAGACGACUGCAACAAAUCAACAAGCAAGCAUUUACCCUGUUUGCCGCCCAAGCUCCUCUGCCGCCCAAACCUGCCAUGCUGUGUGGCGCUGAUGGCUUGCCCACUGGUAAAUGCUUCCCCAUGCGUCCCUACUGCAACGGCCCUCCACCUGCGGACUAGUGAUGGUGGUGGCGGGCAAGUAAACAGGACUUCUGGACCUGUUUUCACACUAUCGAAACAACAUCAGUCCUAGUAUAUAGUUAGGCAUGAAGCACGAGAGGACGAGACUGGCACGUGGCUCAGCAGAGGCCACAUCUGGGUGGCAAGGUUCGGGCAGACGUGAUAAAACUAUGCCUUAGGAGCCUUGUCAUGCUAGUGUACGCUAUACUAAGUUAUUAAAGGGA